AUGAAUGGCACAGAAGGACCUAACUUCUAUGUCCCCAUGUCAAACAAGACAGGCUUGGUUCGCAGCCCCUUUGAGUACCCUCAGUACUACCUGGCCGAGCCCUGGAAGUACUCUCUUGUGGCUGCAUACAUGCUGUUCCUCAUCAUCACCGCUUUCCCUAUCAACUUCCUCACCCUACAUGUCACCGUGAAGCACAAAAAGCUGAGGACCCCUCUGAACUACGUCCUGCUCAACCUGGCAGUGGCUGACCUCUUCAUGAUCAUCGGGGGCUUCACGGUCACCCUCUACACGGCCUUGCAUGGAUACUUCAGCUUAGGGGUCACAGGCUGCAACAUAGAGGGAUUCUUUGCCACAUUAGGAGGUAAGAUUUACCAUCUUUUCUGAAUCUGAAAUAGCCUGGUCCAGAUUGCUAAAUUUGCACCCCCUUUACUUUAUGUCCCAGGAGAAAUUGCUUUGUGGUCUCUGGUGGUUUUGGCUAUUGAGCGUUACAUUGUGGUCUGUAAGCCGAUGACCAAUUUUCGCUUUGGGGAGAAACACGCCAUCACUGGUCUGGCUUUCACGUGGAUCAUGGCUCUGACCUGUGCUGCCCCUCCUCUGUGCGGAUGGUCCAGGUACUUUAUGUCUCCCUGCCUAGACUCUAAAAUGAAACAUAUAAUGUUUUGAUGUUUUGAAAGCACAGCAAGGAUUUAUAUUUUCCUCACUCAAAGACAAACAUCUUGAAUCAAAUUCUGAGUGUGAUAGUGUUGAUGGAAUUUCUUAGAUUUUUAUUGUGUGUGGAUGCAGGUACAUCCCAGAGGGGAUGCAGUGUUCCUGCGGGAUUGACUACUACACUCCUAAGCCUGAGAUCAACAACACCUCAUUCGUCAUCUAUAUGUUCGUCCUCCACUUCUGCAUCCCCCUCUUCAUCAUCUUCUUCUGCUAUAGCCGUCUGCUUUGCACCGUGCGAGCGGUGAGAACGCGACAGCCAGACAUGAUAUUAAUAAUAAGGAUGCAAUGCCUUGUUUGUCCCCGCAGAGAAACUCUUUAUUUUGUUUCUUUUCUACCUGCCUCGCCUCCACAGGGAGGUGGAGCAGCAUCACAGAGCAGGGUCUCUGGAGAUGUGAGGGGAUUUAGUGGCUCAAGGACACUUCAGGAGGGCAGAUCACUGCCAACAUGGCGGCUUAGACUCAGCUUCUCCAGCUGGGGGGCAGUCUGUCUGCUCACUGUGAUGCCCUCAUUAAUAAUAAUAAAACAGCAUUGAUAAUGUAUUAGCAAUCAUUAACAGCUAAAGGAAAGUGCUGAAAAUCUUCAUUUAAGAGGCUAUAAUUGGAUUUUUGCUAUGAAAAAAAUCAAAUGUAGGACAAAGAAUAUGGGCCACAAAAAAGGAAAAAAAAAAUCUGAUAGGGACAGAAUUAUAGUUUAAUAUAACUGAAGUCAAACUACAAAAGAAAAAGUUUUGAUAAUAUGAUAAUAAAACACAGUUUCAAUAAGAAUUAAGUUGAUUCUGUUAUCAAGAAAAAAGGGGGCUUGAUAGUGAUUUGAAAACUCCCAACUAGGCCUUUUGUUUAUUUUAGUUUAUACUGUGAGGAAGUGACUCAUAAUGCACAUGUAAUUCAAUCAACCUUAAAUCCUAACGCAUAACAGCAACAUAAUUACAACACAUGCGAACACCAGCAUGUUCAAAACAUGACUAACGGUGGAUUUCACUCUUUUCUGGUGCUGAAUCAACUAUCCGUCUGUCAAAAUAAUCCUUUAAUUUAUUCUCUCUGUGACGGGACAGACCUUCAGUUUACAUUUAAAUCACUGAUUAUCCUCUGAAUAGGUGAGUAUAACCUGCAUGUGUCUAUGCUCAGGCUGCGGCUCAACAGCAGGAGUCUGAAACCACCCAGCGAGCGGAGAGAGAGGUCACACGCAUGGUUAUCGUCAUGGUGAUCUCCUUCCUGGUGUGCUGGGUGCCUUAUGCUAGUGUGGCCUGGUACAUCUUUGUCAAUCAGGGGGUCGAGUUUGGACCCGUGUUCAUGACUGCUCCGGCCUUCUUUGCAAAGAGUGCAGCUCUGUACAACCCCGUCAUCUACAUACUGCUGAACAGACAGGUGCGUAAAACUAACAUCCAGACUUAAGCAUUCUCAAUUCAAGGCAGAAAAAUCUGUGUUAAUGUACAUGUAAGUGUUUUGGUAACACUUUAUAAGAACCCACCUCUUUAUAAUAAAAGAUUAUAGCAAUGACAGUAAGCACAAUGUCUUAUAAAGGGACGGUUUGUAAUACAUGCUGCUGUGAACUCCUGCCACUCAUAAGGAUUGUUAUUAAGUGUUAUAGAUGCAUUUCUAAGGCUUUAUAAAUGUACUAAUAAGGUAUUAUAGGGUGUUAUCGGUAUUUCUUUAUAUUAUUCUUAAUGCUCAUAGAGUUGAGAGAUAAAAACCAUUUGAACUUCUUACAUAAAUCACGUUUAGAAAUAUAAUUUUGUCUCCUAUUAUCACGAUGAAUAAUAACAUAAGUACAAAUUUGUGUACAUGCUUUUUUCCCUACUCUUGUUCCAUUAAUCAUGUAAUUGCCCUUCAGAUGUUUUAAUGAGACCCUUAUGAGUAAGCCCAGAGGCCCACUUUACUGUCUGCUAUGGUUAAAUGCACCUUUUUUUUACAGUACAUGCAGCAUAUUUAAUUCUACAUCUGCCACAAAGACCAUUUUGCUAUUUGAUUCUUACUUUUACCAUUGAAAGCCUGAGCUCAUUUUCAUUUUUGAAUUUGGAUUUUCAUGACUGCUUUAUAUUAUUCUAUAUACUUGUUUUUUUUUUGGAGGGGGUAUUUAAAUCCACAGCUCUCGUAUAAAUUGGACUAACAGAUAUGAAUUAAUGUACUGGGUCUUCGACUGAAGUAAAGGAUCUGAAAACGUCUCCGCCACUUAGUGAAUAUGUAUUACAACUGGGAUUCUGACCUUUUCUUUUUGGCCUCCAGUUCAGAAACUGCAUGAUCACCACAGUCUGCUGUGGAAAAAACCCUUUUGGAGAAGAUGAGACUGCGGCCACUGCCGUCUCCAAGACUCAGACUUCAUCUGUCUCCUCAAGCCAGGUGGCCCCUGCUUGA